AUGGCUUCCACCCCGCCAUCAAUCGAUAGAAGCGAUGCUACAGAUUUGACAGAGUUAAUCAAGCAGGUCUUGGAAGAUGGCCCGCAGGGUGGCGGCGAGCCGCCUCUCACGCGGGCCGUCCGCCUCGGCAACCUCGAGCUGGUCCGACACUUACUCGACGAGGGCUUUGUUGUGCAAGGAGCCGACAACUGGCCUCUUGCCCUGGCAGCAAAUCUUGGCCACAGCGACAUAGUCAAGCUGCUUCUCGAUCGCGGCGCCAAUGUCCAUCAACGUGACCCAUGGCUGGGCGAUGCCAUUGAGGCGGCGACGCUCGCCUGGCGCCCGGCUACCAUGCGCGUUCUGUGUGAAGCUGGCGCGCGUCUGCACCACAUUUACCCCGGUGGUGACACAAUUCUGCAUCGUGCGGUACGAUUGGGGGACCUCGGACUUGUCAGGCUUCUUGUUAGCUCCGGGGCAGUCCUUGUACAGCCCGCGAGCUCAGACGGCCAGACGGCUCUAGCCAGGGCCAUCUGCAUGAAAAGCAUCGAAAUGGUUGCCCUUCUUCUUGAGCUAGGGGCCAGCCAAGAAGCUUCACUGCAAUACAGGCAUAUGCAUCUUGCCCUAGCUAUACGUUGCGGCGAGGCUGAGAUCCUGAGACUGCUCCUGGAACACGGAUGGAAGGCAACCGCGUUCGAAAAUGGCAGCAUAAUUCUCCAUCAUGUCGCCGUUCAAGGAAAUCUGGAAGCCGUCAGAUUACUCCUUGAAAUGGGCGUUAGUGCGGGGGAGCGUGCGAAUGGCACCACGGCUUUACACGUUGCGGCCGUAGGAGGACAUGUAGGCAUCGCAGAACUGCUACUUGCAAACGGAGCGGACCUUGACGCUGUUGAUGGAGAGAGGCAGACGACUCCGUUCUGUACGGCGGUCUUGGCCAGACAGCACAUGAUGGUUGAGUACCUGCUCCAGAAAGGUGCCAACCCGGCAACUCAUACCACCGCGGGGGCUUCCCCCCUCAUCCUCGCCGCAUUCGAUGGGCAUCUGGACAUGGUGAAACUCAUGCUCGAACAAGGGAUAGAUGGUGAAGGCAUGGCAGAUGAACGGGUCCGCCUAUUUCAUCAGGCGGCGGUUCAUGGCCAUAACUACCUUAUUGAGCUCCUUCUUGACUCCGGGGUCGAUGCUGAUCACUUAUUUUCCCCUGGCUGCAGUGCUCUUCACAUCGCUAUGGAGCAGGGACACAUAGAACUGGCGCGGUUGCUACUUGAUCGGGGGGCUAAUCCUAGGAUUCAGCAUCGAGUACUCCUGUAUUCGCCGCUGCAUAUAUGCUGCAGACAGAACAAACCUGAGUUGGCACGGCUCCUACUGGACAAAGGAGCCGAUACAGGCGAUGUGAAUACCUAUGGAAUGACCCCUAUGAAUUUCGCUGCAGAAAGCAACUCUCCCAGCUGCAUCCGAGUCCUCUUCGAGUAUUGGGCCGAUCCAAGCGCCGUCAGCAGUCUUCAGUCCACCCCUCUUACAGACGCAAUACGGUGUAAUCAUGAGGAGGCUGUCGAAACACUAAUUGAAUGCGGGGCUGAUCCCAAUAUCGCUCAACCCAGAAGAGGUCCCCCCUUGGUUUUGGCCACGGGGCAGCCGUCUAUGGUCGAGCUCUUAAUAGACCUUGGUGCCGACGUGUCGUUCCCCGACUCAGCGGGACGGACUCCCCUGCAUGCUGCUGCUAGUUUUGACCACCUCGAAGCAGCUGAAAUAUUGCUGGAAAGAGGGGCCGAAGUUAAUUCAGGGGACUCUUUCGGUUACACUCCGUUAACUAAUGCUACUGGACGAGGCCACGAUGAGGUUGUGAGACUCCUCCUUGAUAGAGGAGCUAACCCAACUCUUCCAUCCAGGGCAAGCCCCAGCUCGUGUGCAUGGAUGCCGCUGAAUGGAGCAGUAUGUUUUGGGGACAUUCAGAUCUUGAUCCAACUUCUGGACGCCGUGGGGGUUCAUAACCUGCCAGCUAACCCAUUUGGAAGAUCUCUUUUGUUUUUUGCGGUAUCCCACGGCCGGCAGGAUGUAGUAAAACUUCUCAUCGAGAUGGACGAAAACCAACCACACUUGCGAGACUUGUACGGGUCGACUCCUCUCGGCACGGCAGUACGUCUCGGAAAGGAGGGCAUCGCUCGAUUACUGUUCAAUGCCGCGCCGCCCUCCUUGGACGCCGAUGAACUUCUUGGGAAAAGCCUCAGGUGGUGGCUCGACAACGCGGCGACGCCCAGCAUGCAGAGACUUUUCCAAAACCUCGAAGCGGGCACCAGCCCUCACGAGACAACUGAUGAAGUCACUCACUACGAACCUAGAUCUGGUGCGCAUUGCGAUAUCUGUCUUAGGAAAAUGAGCAACGAUCAGCCUCGGUACAACUGCAAGAUAUGUGUUAGUGGUGGGUUCAACAGCUGUGUUGAAUGCGUCAAAGAAGGGGGAAAGUGCUUGGACCUAUCACAUGAACUCCUGCACCACGCUACAUCUCCUUCUUAUACGCCUCGUUGA